AUGAACCGAUUAACAUGGUAUCAACCGGGCGAAUAUAUGGAGGAUAUUAUCAUCCAAAGUGGACAUGUUGGCAUUUAUGAUGGUGACUUGAAACAGGUUCUUUUUUUUUGCAUCCUCUUUUUUUCGACUCAAAUUUUCGAAAAAAAAAAAAUAAACAAAUCUCGAGAAUAA